ACGACCAUCAUGGCAGUGGCAUACGAUGGGGGGGUCGUGCUUGGAGCUGAUACUCGGGUUACCACAGGAACGUACAUCAGCAACAGAGCGUCUGAGAAGAUCACUGCUCUCACAGACUUCGCCUACCUCUGCCGAUCAGGCUCUGCUGCGGACACCCAGACAGUGUCCACGUAUGCACAGUACUACCUCUCACAACACCAGAUGGAGCUGGGCAAGCCUACAGAUGUGAAGACGGUGGCUAAUGUGGUCAAGCAAAUCAGCUACCACAACAAGAACAUGCUAUCAGCGGGCAUGAUAGUGGGCGGGUGGGACCAGUACGACGGUGCAUCGGUGUACGCGCUGCCGCAGGGAGGCACGCUGCUCAAGGCGCCCUUCGCCAUCGGAGGGUCCGGCUCCUCGUACCUCUUUGCCUUCUGUGAUGCGACCUUCAAGGAGGGCAUGAGCAAGGAGGAAGCCGAGGCCUAUGUAGUGAAGGCGGUGUCUCUCGCCAUGGCUCGCGACGGGGCAAGUGGGGGAUGCGUGCGCACCGUCACGAUUGACAAGGAGGGAGCCACCAAGAAGUUCCACCCAGGAGACAAGCUGGAGCUCUUUUGGGAUGAGAUGCCCGCACAGGAGUCCUUCCUCAAGCCGCUCGUUCCCGCCUCCUCGUAG